ACUUAACCUCUUUCUCUUUUCUUUAAGUUUCUUUAUUUUAUAAGAAGUAAGAAGUGUGUUUUAUAACGUCUGUCUGUCUAUCUGUCUAUGUUCGCAAAAUCAUAUAUUCAUUUCGUAAUAGGCUUAAUUCAUUCUUGAUCUUGAAUCUUGAUUGGCCCCAUAGUUACUUGUAUUUAGUUUAUUGUAUUGUAAUCGUUCUUGUUUUUAGACGAUAUAACAGUUUUAGCAUAGGCCUAGUUAAACUUGAAACAAAAUACUUUAAUUCCUUAUCUUAAUAUUCAUGUUUUAAUUAAUACUUGACAAGCUAGUUUUUAAGCAUAUAAAUUAAGCUAAAAACGCUAAAUAGGGAGGCCUAAAUAGAAAAAUGUCGAAGAAACAUGGAGUGAAGGAUUAUGAAGCUGAAAAAGAAAAACUUAAGAGUUUUCUCCAAGAAUUCUACACUGUAGACAACGAAGGAAAAAAGUUGUUCAAGUAUGCUACUCAGUUGACUGAACUAGCCCAUCGGGAUCAGGUUGCAUUAAAUAUAGAGUUGGAUGAUGUGGACUCUUUUGACCCUGACCUCUCUGACAGCAUCAUCAGCAACACAAGACGUUACUCAACCAUUCUGUCGGACUUGGUCUUUGAGCUGCUGCCAUCCUACAAAGUUAAAGAGGUAACAGCAAAAGAUGCUUUGGACAUUUACAUCGAACACAGAGUUUUGAUGGAACAGCGGACUAGAAAUCCGGGUGAAGUGCGGAACACAAACAACAAAUAUCCUCCUGAGCUCAUGAGGCGAUAUGAGAUCUACUUUACGGACCGCACCACCAGGAAGCCAGUGCCCAUCAGGGAGGUGAAGGCGGAUUAUGUCGGACAGCUGGUGACUGUUAGAGGCGUUGUUACUCGGUGUACGGAGGUGAAACCGAUGAUGGUCGUGGCUACUUACACAUGUGAUCAAUGCGGCGCUGAGACCUACCAACCGGUCAACUCCCUGACAUUCAUGCCAAUCGUCAUGUGUCCAAGUGAUGAUUGUCGAGUAAACAAAUCCGGCGGUCGUCUUUAUCUUCAGUCUCGUGGGUCCAAGUUCAUGAAGUUCCAAGAAGUUAGGAUCCAAGAACACAGCGAUGAGGUACCAGUGGGUAACAUCCCUCGACCAUUGACAGUGCUGUGCCGAGGUGAGACGACGCGUCAGUGCCUUCCCGGCGACCACGUAUCUAUCACUGGCGUCUUUCUGCCUCUACUCCGCUCUGGCUUCCGACAGAUAGCUCAAGGACUGCUGACUGACACUUACCUGGAUGCACAUAAGGUGCAUUCGCACAGCAAGAUAGAAGACACAGCCGCAGCAGGGGAACUGAGUCAGGAUGAGAUACAUCAGCUGAUCGGAGACGACUUCUACUCCAAGUUGGCUGCAAGUCUCGCCCCGGAGAUAUACGGCCAUGAGGACGUGAAGAAGGCGCUGCUGUUGUUGUUAGUUGGCGGUGUUGAUCGUACUCCUGAUGGCAUGAAGAUUAGAGGUAACAUCAACAUCUGCCUGAUGGGAGACCCUGGAGUGGCCAAGUCCCAGCUGUUGUCCUACAUAGAGAGGUUGGCUCGUCGCAGCCAGUACACGACGGGUCGUGGGUCCAGUGGCGUGGGUCUUACUGCUGCUGUACUCAAGGAUCCACUGACAGGAGAGAUGGUACUGGAAGGUGGAGCGUUAGUCUUGGCAGAUCUGGGUAUCUGCUGUAUUGACGAGUUUGACAAGAUGGCGGAUCACGACCGUACGGCAAUCCACGAAGUAAUGGAACAACAGACCAUCAGUAUUGCCAAGGCUGGUAUCAUGACUCGAUUGAAUGCCCGAGUGAGUAUCUUAGCAGCAGCGAACCCUGCGUAUGGUCGCUACGAUCCUAAACGCUCCGUAGAACACAACAUUCAGCUGCCUGCUGCGCUACUGUCUCGGUUCGACCUUCUGUGGCUCAUCCAGGAUAAAGCUGACCGAGACACUGACCUAAGGCUGGCACAGCAUAUCACGUAUGUUCACCAGCACUGCAAGCAACCCCCUGCUCAGUUCACAGCACUGGACAUGGGCCUGAUGAGAAGGUACAUCGACCUGUGCAAACGCAAGAGUCCUGUAGUACCUCCCGCACUCACAGACUACAUCGUUGACGCUUAUGUGGAAAUGCGGAAGGAUGCUCGAAACAACAAGGACAUGACCUUCACGUCAGCUCGUAACUUGUUGGCCAUUCUGCGACUGUCCACGGCUCUUGCGAGGCUGCGACUCAGCGACUCUGUGGAACGAGAAGACGUCGGAGAGGCUAUGAGGCUUCUGGAGAUGUCCAAGAUAUCAUUGGUACAAACAGAAGAGAGAGGAGGAAGGGCUCCGUCCGUGGUGGACAGGAUUUUCAGUGUGAUCAGAGAGCUGGCCGCGGGAAAGAAGACUGUGAAGCUCUCCGAGGUUCGAGAGCAAUGUACGAGCAAGGGCUACCAACCUGACCAAGUUGAAGAAUGCAUUGAACAGUACGAAGAACUGAACGUUUGGCAAGUCAACCAGGCACGCACUACAAUUACGUUCGUUUGAGCUUCAAACUUUAUCUAUUUUUAAUUUAAGCUAUUUUUAUUUCCAUUGUUAUCUUGACCUUCAUCAAUUACCUUACCAAAAUGUUUAUACGCCAUUUUGUAUUCAAUCAUUUUUGAAACUUUAAUGUGCAAUUGUGCCUUCAAUUGAGUAAAUGCAUCGUUUAAGUAAU